UAUGUUUAUGUGAUAAUAUUUGCACCAAAUUCUUAUAUUUCUGGAAAUGAGUUAUUAAAGGAAAAAGCUGGCAACAUGCCUAAUGUCAAUACACAUGCGUUUUACGUUGUUGAGGGUAGGAUGUCCGACGUUACCUGUGGAGGGGGAAAACUGCGUAGUUUCAUUGUAUAGAAUUUCAUUCAUUCAUUCAUUAAUUCUUUAUCAAACUUGAUGACUUACUUCAAGUAAUUCCGAAAAGUUACAAUUUUUAUUUUACUUUUUUUUUCCGCCAAUACUAAAUUAAAGUUCAACCUGAAUAACCGAACAGAGUUGUGUGCGGUGUAAUUUUAGGAAUUUGCGUCUCUUCUCAGUCUCACACACAUGCUUAAAGGACAUUGACCUAUGACGUCACGCAUGUUUCAAGUAAAACGGAAAUACUUGAAUAAAAACAAAUCAAGAAGAAGAGUAAAGAUCGAAUGGACCUUCUGAUUCGUCUGACAUUCGAGAUGCUGACCUUUUCACCUAUCAAAAUGAUCAUCAUAUACGUUUUUUGUCAAUAUUCUUUCGCAACUCUUUUGACCAUAUACCAUUUGCUGGAUAGAUUUGACACCAAAACUCUUUUGAAACACGGGUCUUUCUGCGGGAUUCAAAUAUUUGUGCUGAUCAAUUUGGGAUCAAUAAUUUUCAUGGCCGAUACGCUUUUCAAGUUACUGAAAAAGUAUAAAAUUGGUAUACUUCCGUUAGAGUUGUUAAAUGACGAAAUCUUCAGGAAAACAUUGCUGUUGGGCAACAUGGUGAAAAUAGUCUGUUUACUGAACUUCCUCUUCGCCAUUAUAGCAACACUUGGUUUUAUAGCUGCACCAGAAUACUUCAACGAGAAGACCUAUCUAUCGGUGUGGAUACAAGAGACCUUUCCAGACUACUCAAAUCUGAUGCUUCUGGUCGUACAUUGGUCUAGCCUACCAGUUGCUCUUGUUAUGGUCGGAAGUUCCAUCGGUUGGGCCUAUGCUGGUACAACAGCAAUAUUUCAGAUCUAUGUUUUGAGAGAAUUCAUAGCAGCGAUCCCGAAGACAAAUUUUCCGAGGAAGAUGAGGCUAGAUUCGAAAGUAUACCAAGAAUCAAUCAAGCAGAAAUUCAUAAUAGCUAUAAUGGUCUACGAGUUCGCAGUGAGUUUCGUCAGUACUGCUUGUGAUAUUCUAGAACCCGCUAUGAUUAUGUUUUCUCUAGGCAGUGUGAUAUUGGGUGGAUCGUUGAUGAUAGAAUUUUUCAGUAACCAAGAACAAAAUUUUGGAGAUCAGUAUGCAAUUUAUGUUGGCAUAUUCUUUUUCGCUUUGGCUGGAAUCAUUUCUGGCAACCUGUACCUUUUGAUUGGACAAGGUAUGAAAGAUGCGUCAGAAGGUUGCAAUUACAUAAUGAGACAAUUUCCAUGGUAUUACAUGAACGAAGAGAACAAACAGAUAUACUCAAUUUUUCUUCAUCGAACAGAGAAACCCCUUUGUCUAUCCUGCAGUCUUAUGCAAGUUGAUUACUUCCUUCUCGUAAGGAUUGUGAAAUCAUUGUACUCAUUGGCUGCGGUUUUGGCGCAGUUUGUUUCUUCGCAUGGACCCACAGAUACUCAAUAAUAAAGCGAAUAAUAUACAUAAGAUGAAGUACAAAAUAUGUUUCGAUUGAUUGAUUAUGUGCCUGAUGUAAAUUGAAGUUAAAUAAAGUAAUCUAAGUGAAGUCUUUUUUUCAAUUCGUCUGUUGUAUAAAAAUUAACAGAAGUGUAAGCUGAUGAAAUGUGUUUACAGAUGGAAUGAUUUCCUGAAGAGAAAUAAACGUGAAUUAUUUUAAUCAUCAAUUUCGAAAAGCCAUAUAUAGAGCGGGAAAUAAAAUUAGAGAUCAAGAGGAACAGUAAAGAUCGUCUGAAUCUUCUGAUUCGUCUGACAUUCGAGUUGAUGGGCUUACCACCUAUCAGAUUGACAAUAAUAUACGUUUUUUGUCAAUAUUCUUUCGCAACUCUCUUGACCAUAUACCAUUUGCUGGAUCGAUUUGACACGAAGACUCUUCUGAAACAUGGGUCGUUCUGCGGGAUUCAAAUAUUUGUGUUGAUCAAUUUGGGAUCAAUAAUUUUCAUGGCCGAUACAUUUUUCGUGUACUUGAAAAAGUAUAAAAUAGGCAUA